UUUGGCCAUGAAUGAUGAGAAAACCAAACAGAAAGCCAUGGAAGCUGUUGCAGAUAUCUAUGGGAUAAACUCGAUCGCAAUUGAUCUGAAAGAGCAGAAGAUGACAAUCAUCGGAGAGAUGGAUACAGUUGCCAUUGCUAAAAAGCUGAAGAAAAUCGGGAAGAUCGAUAUAGUAACAGUUGGACCUGCUAAAGAAGAGAAGAAAGACGAGAAGAAAGAAGAGAAGAAAGACGAGAAGAAAGAAGAGAAGAAAGACGAGAAAAAGGAUGAAAAGAAAGUGGAAAAAAAGGAUGAAAAGAAGGAAGAGAAAAAGUAGUGAAAGGUACAAGUAUGGAUGUUUUGCAAGAUAAAUCUUAAAUCAUAGUUAUAUCUGUAUACCUGUAUGCGAAAAGACGUGAGGCAACUAGCAUAUUUGCAGCGGGCACGCAUGCUCUGUGACUCAUUGCAUCUCAGCAUGAAAUAAAUUUUAAUCAAUGAUCAAGAAAGCCACAAGACUACGAAUUGGAAUUCUUUA